GAUUUCUGUAAUCGAAUGGUGCGCGAUAGCUCGUUUUCGUGCCUUCCCGGUUUUCCGCUUUUACGAAGCUGUCAAACAGCAAUCUAGCAAAUCCCUUCAUUUGGCUCCCGCAGCUCCACUUACCUUCAUGUACUUGCUGGUGGCCGACUUCUACUACUGAUCAAGGAGCGGGCAUGCUUACCGUCGUGCUGGAACACGACUCCCAGAACAGCGUGUCUCCACUUCGACGGGAAGAACCUACUAGUGCAAGAACGAAGGAACUAUUAUCAACAAAAGCCACUACAGCUCUACUCUCGAAAAAGCCCCGCAAGGGUCCUCUGGCGGACUUGGACAACCAUAAACUGCAUGCUGAGGAGGUCUACGACAUGAUCGCGAUCUCCGACAACGAGGACUCACCACCUCCAAACCCAAAAGAGAAUAGUCAGAAACCUCCCGCGAUCGUGGACGACAUUGCGAAAGAGUCAAAGUCCUCAGCAACCGUCGAUAAGGACGACGCCGCCGACGAAGAGGACUAUACGGAGUCAACAAAGGACGUUGCCGAAGCUUCUGACGAUGAAAACGACCUGUCCUACGACCCCAAAGGCAAGUCGCCCCUUAACGAGGAGGAAGACGACGACGACGAAUUGGAAGAGAUCGCCGAAGACGGGGAUGGAGUAAUCGGACUGGAUGAUUACGAAGAUUCCGUUGUGCCAAAAACUUAUGGUCGACAUGCGAAGUGGUGUGACAACUGUGGUAGGUCAAGGUCAUAUUACUGCUCUUUCCUUUUUUUGGAUCAGAACUUAAAGCUGCGCACAUUUCAGGCAAGGGCGAAGACAACAAGAGAAACAGAAAAAAGGCGGCUCCCGAUGCCGACCUGGACGGCGACCUGGGUCGACUGCUCAACUGCAUCACCUGCUCGUAUGCAUGGCAUCGACCAUGCGUGGAAGGCUCCAAUAAGUCCAUGCUCACAAAGUCGCAAUGCCAACCGUGCAGGAAGGAGAAAGUCUGCGCUAUCUGCAAGGAGCCACCGUACCCCAUCGAUGAAGACGACCAAAAUGGUCCAGUAUAUCCCUUGUUCCGAUGCUACCGGUGCACUUUCCUGGCACAUGUCGAAUGUAUGAUGCAGGUCUACAAAGAUGACGUGGACGACAGCGACCGGGACGUGAUUACAUCCGGCCCUGGCUCGAGGUCACAUUUCGAGAGGAUGUGGCAUUGCGUUGACUGUCUGAUCUGGAACGACUCGGUG